GUUUUAAGAAAUUGAAAAUGGGGAAUGGUCACAAGGCACUGAAGAAAAGCAACACAAAGCUGCACAGGGAAGCCAUCCAUCCAUCGCAUUCUCCAUAUAAAACGGCAUCUCCGAACCACCCGCAACAAGUUCUUCGACCACAUACACGCCUUGAUCCUUUCAAAGCAAUCAAUUCAAGUCCCCGGCCUUUCCAGCUUAAACAGCAAACCAAUGAGAUUGGAUGGUUGUGAAUAUACUUCUCCGAUGAGUAGUGGGGAUUACUGUUUAAGCGGCCUUAGCUCAGUACCCAAGAAGAUGAAGAAGAGCAAGAACCAGAGGAGGUUCAGCGAUGAACAGAUAAGAUCGCUGGAGACGAUGUUCGAGUCGGAGUCGAGGCUCGAGCCCCGGAAGAAAUUGCAGCUGGCAAGAGAGCUCGGGCUGCAGCCACGCCAGGUUGCUAUAUGGUUCCAGAACAGGAGGGCUCGCUGGAAGUCCAAGCAGCUCGAGCGAGACUACACCAUUCUGCAGGCCAAUUACGACGCCCUCACCUCCCAGUUCGAAAUCCUCAGGAAGGAGAAGCAGGCCUUAGCAAUACAGUUGCAGAAGCUAAACGAUCUGAUUGACAAGUCUCCGGAGGGAAACGAGUCCUGCAGGAGAGCCGCCGGAGAGAACAGUGGAACCGAGGACCGAUUGGAGAGAGAAGGCUACGUGAAGAGUGAAUUUGCGGACGACGACGACGAUGAGGAGGAGGAGGAGGAGAAACCGAGAUUGUCCCUGGAAAUAACUCAAAACAAGAUCUUUGAGCUGGACGAAGAAGAUCCUUCUAUGCAACUUCUGAACAUGGGGGAACCGGCAGACAGUUCCCUGACAUCUCCAGAGAAUUGGGGCAGUCUUGAGUCCGAUGGUCUGGUUGACCAACCCGGUAGUAGCUACCAGUGGUGGGAUUUCUGGGCCUGAAAUGAAGUAAGUAUUUUCCCGAGAGACGAAGAUCCUAUAGAAGCAAUGUAAAAAACAUAAUAAUAUUGCUUGUGUGGUGGGUGAGGCUGGAAAUGGGCAUCGGGCAAGCUGAAUUUUCUCGACGUGCGUGCAUCCAUGACCAUGAGUUGAGAUGCCAAUCUAUAUCAUAGUCAGAGUUCGGAGCAUGCAAAACAGGGUAGUCCCAGAUUACGUUGCCAAAGCCAGCAAACAAACAGAGUUUGUUCAAUCAAUCCGUGCCAAGUCUUGUAGAACUUCCCAUUAUUCUGAGGCUUAGUAUUUCAGAAACUCAAGUGAGAUAUGAGAGCAGAGCUCUUGAAAUAAUUAGCAAAGCUCGUUACUGCAAUCUAAUCCGGGAAGACAUACAACUUUUUGAUUUGAA